AUGGUUUGGUGGAAGCCUUUCAGCUAUUUCAAGAAGCGAAGAGCCCCCAAGCCCAAGCUCCAGCCCGAGUCUGAAAGAUCAUUGUUCGCACUUGCAUCGGACGACACCUCGGAUGGCACUUUUGCAGCAGGACGAAAUCCAUCUCAGACCGCCGCAGACAGCGAUGGUGAGGAGUCGGAGAGCGAAGAAGGUGAGUUUGACUUGCAGCUGGAAAUGGUGGAGGCUUGCUCCCCUUCCUCGAAGGAAGUGCGCUCGUCCCCUGAGCCGCCAGCCCAGCCGCCGUCCCAGGAGGUCGAGGAGGCGAGGGCUGAGUUCGCCUAUGGCUCUGGGAACCCUGGGCACGUCGAAGAGUCCGGAGGAGCCAGCCCAGCGGGGAUGCUCUCACCGUCAGGUGACCACAGCUCUGGUCCCUGGUGGAACAAGUUCGGCUUGUCUCCGAUGCACAAGGAAAAGAGCGAGGAGGCACAGGCAGCCUUCAAGAUCCCUGAGACGGAACGUUCCGAGGCGGAGCUGCUUUUGCUGUUAGAGGCUGACUUUGGGCUUCUGGUCCGUAUGGCGGAGAGCCGACGAGCGAAGAGCGAUGCUCCGGAGUCUGAACGAGGCGGAUUGGACUCAGGGGAGGCUUCCGGUUUAAGCGCUCCUGCUCCACGGUUCCGUUCGACGGCCUGUCUGGUGAUGCCUCGGCCGGAUGACUACUUCUUGAAGAAAUCCGAGUCCAGCAAAGGGCCUCAAGCUCCCUCCUCCGCCAGCCGAAAUGACUUAAUUUACCUGGACCCUGGCCACUUCAGAGAGAUUGCCGAGCGAGGAGCCGUGCAAAGCCUGACCAGGCAGGAGAGUCCAGCUCUGCAGAGCGCGCAUUGCACUCUGAUGCCAGGACAUAGUGUGACGCCGAAGGCAACGAUUUCUCCAACGAAGACGAUGUGUCACUGCAACUUUUGA